UGUGUAUCUGCCUGCCAAAAUAAAAAAAAACAAGCAAGCUAACGCAGAUUGAACGAAUAAACCUAAAAAUGUCGUUGAAUUGUUAACAUAACGACACGCCGACGUUUUUGACUUAAUUCCGUUUGGUACGCGACCCGGACACAGUGCCCGACGACAAUGUCGCGCUACAAUUCCGAUUGCAAAGUGUAUGUCGGCGAUUUGGGUAACAGUGCCUCAAAACAGGAAUUAGAGGACGCCUUCCGUUAUUACGGACCGUUGAGGAACGUGUGGGUGGCCAGAAACCCGCCGGGCUUCGCUUUCGUCGAAUUUGAGGAUGCCAGGGAUGCCGAGGAUGCCGUCAGGGGUUUAGACGGUCGCACGAUAUGCGGCAGGAGGGCCAGAGUCGAGAUGUCCAACGGGAAGAGCGGUAGUGGUCGUUACAGGGGGCCCCCACACAGGUCCAGAGGACGGCCGUUCCAUCCCGACGAUAGGUGCUAUGAGUGCGGUGAUCGUGGCCACUACGCCAGAGACUGCAACAAAUACAGGAGGGGUGGUCGACACAGCAGGUCUAGGAGCCGCACCAGGAGCCGGUCGAGGGUGCGACGCAGCCGUUCGAGGAGCAAUUCGAGGAGUCGCAGCCGGUCGAGGAAUCGUUCACGGUCGAGGUCGGCCUCGGCGAAGAGAAGUCGAAGUCGCUCGAGGACGGCGGAGAAGAAUUCCCGGUCGCACUCGAGAUCUAGGUCUAGGAGCAGGUCAGAGCCGAAGCAGAACGGGAACUCGGGAGAAAAGGAUUAAUGAUCUGAACGAUGUUUAGGGGUUUCGAAUGAAUUAUAUAAUUUAGUUUUGUGUUGUGACUGAUUGAUGUAAUUUUUUUUCAUUGAAUUGUUCAUUCAUGGGUAUGUAAAGUAUUGUUUAAUUCUUGUGUUGUGAUUGAUGUAUUUGUAUUAAUUUUCGAUUUAUAAAUAAAGGAAUAUUGUAUAGGUAUAUUUGUGCAGUACCUUAAAUUAUAAUAUAUUGAGUUAAACGGUAA